UUUUGAUACUAGGAAUUUUCAUCAAGAACCAGAACACUCCCAUUGUCAAAGCCAACAACCGGGACCUCACCUACUGUCUGCUCAUUUCCUUAUUGCUUUGUUUUCUCAGUUCUUUGUUAUUUAUUGGCCAACCACAAAUAGUGACUUGCUAUUUACGACAAAUUACUUUUGGUAUCAUCUUCACAGUGGCUGUUUCUUGUAUAUUAGCAAAAACAGUAACUGUAGUUCUAGCUUUUAUGGCCACCAAACCAGGAUCUAGGGUAAGGAAAUGGGUUGGGAGAAGACUGACCAUUAUCAUCCUGUUCAGUUGUUCCUUCAUUCAGGCUUGCAUUUGUGCUGUAUGGCUGUUCACAGCUCCUCCUUUUCCAGAGUUCGAUAUGUAUUCUCUUCAUGGAGAAAUUAUAGUGCAAUGCAAUGAAGGAUCACUUGGUAUGUUUUAUUCUGUCUUGGGCUACUUGGGAUUUUUGGCUAUUGUCAGCUUCACUGUGGCUUUCCUAGCCAGGAAGUUACCAGAUACUUUCAAUGAAGCCAAGUUCAUCACUUUCAGCAUGCUCGUCUUCUGCAGUGUUUGGCUGUCCUUCAUUCCUUCAUAUCAGGGCACUAAUGGCAAAUAUAUGGUGGCUGUGGAGAUCUUUUCUAUCUUGGCAUCUGGUGCUGGAUUAUUAAGCUGCAUCUUUUUCCCUAAGUGUUACAUCCUUAUCCUAA